GGGGGACACCCCGACCACAGCCCCAGCUUUUACCCGGACACCCUCUGAGGAAGGAGACGGAGAGGGCGCGGGCCCCCCAGACUUGAGACGAUGCCGUGGUGGAGAUGACCCAGGAGGCCACGGAGCCCGCUGAGGUGGACAUCACGGGUCUGUGUCAGGACGUGUUCUCCAAAAUGGCCACGUACCUAACCGGCGAGCUGACAGCCACCAGUGAAGACUAUAAACUUCUGGAAAAUAUGAAGAAACUGACUAGCUUGAAGUAUCUAGAAAUGAAAGAUAUUGCAGUAAACAUAAGUAGAAACCUAAAGGACUUAAACCAGAGAUCUGCAGCACUUCAGCCUUAUCUGGAUCAGAUCACUUUAAUUGAGGAGCAAGUAGCAGCUCUUGAGCAGGCAGCUUACGCGUUGGAUGCAUAUUCAAAGAAACUAGAAGCAAAGUACAAAAAGUUAGAGAGGUGAUGAAACAAUUCAUUAGCACAAAGACUUUACAAGAAUGUUUCCUAAGAGCUGAAAUAAGUGGGAUGGAACUUAUCGCUAUACUUCAGUUUCUGAAAGGAAGCGGUGCUGCUGAUCCAAGGAGAAUCCCAGCCCUUACCUCUAGUUGGAUGUGUAACUUUGACCACCCCUUGAUGUUUCCUAAACCUGUAGCCCCUGGAACCUUAUCUUAUCGUGUGCUUCAUUGUGUGCCCUGGACCAAGGCUCAGAAAUCAGGAUCAACCCCAUCGGGAGCAGACACAAAGGAGAGGCUCUCGUCUCCCUGCCUCCUCCCUUCUUCCCUCUCCCCUAGGCCACCCCAUUCAUAACCUGUUUCGUCAACUUAAAUAAUAAAUGCUGACUUAUGACCAAAAAAAACCAAGAAAAAUUGCAAAGUAUUCCCAAUCACAU